AUGUACUCUAAAUGCUGUUCCAUAGAGUAUGCGCAACAGGCCUUUAAUGAACUGUCAGACAAGAACGCCCAAUCUUGGAACACAAUGCUGUCAGCUUACUCUCAAAAGGGUCUUUUUGAGAAAACCUUCCAGAUGCUCGAUGUAAUGCCUGAUCCAAAUGCUGUGAGCUAUAACUCAAUCAUUUCAAGCUUAACUCAUCACGGGUUCCCUAGAAAAGCUAUGGGGUUUUUCAAAAGAAUGCAAACUCAGUGUGGGAGUGGGUUUUUGAUUGACGAGUUCACGGUUGUUAGCGUGGUAAAUACUUGUGCAGGUUUGGGUGCAUUGCACUUGUUGCGUGAAUUGCAUGGGUUAGCAACUGUGAUUGGUGUGAGGUUUAAUCUUGUGGUUUGCAAUGCACUUAUUGAUGCUUAUGGGAAAUGUGGCAAACCCGGGUACUCUUAUUCUAUUUUCUGUCAAAUGUGCGAGACUGAUGUAUUCUCAUGGACUUCGCUGUUGGUUGCUUAUAUACGUGCGUCUAGAAUGCCAGAUGUGUGCUCACUUUUUGAUCAUAUGCGGAUCAGAAAUGUGGUGGCUUGGACUGCUCUGAUCACAGGGUUUGCGCAAAAUGGAGAAGGAGAUAAGGCUUUGUUUAAUACUUUGGUUGACAUGUAUUCUAAAUGUGGAGACAUGAUAUCUGCUAUGAGAUUGUUUGAGAGGUUAGACGAGAAGGAUCGAGUUACUUGGAACUCGAUAAUAAAUGGAUUUGCUCAAAAUGGGAAUGGAGUGAUGUCUUUGUUCAUGUUUGAGAAAAUGAUUAAAACAGAUACAACACCAAAUCAUGUAACUUUUCUUGGGGUUUUAUCUGCCUAUAGCCACUGUGGUUUAUUACCUGAAUGA